AUGCGCACGUUUCAAGUCCCCGCCGUAUGGUUCAUUGUGUCGGAAUGGCCAUUAGAUGACUACGGUCGACUAGAUCGAGUGCGUCUUCCUCGAGAUGGUGGCUGGCGAGUGCUGCGUCCAUCAGUCGACGAACUUAGCCCGAUCGAACAUGAACUACUCGCAAUUUUUGCUCACACACUUGAAUGGCCGAACGACGUCGAGUUCGACGUGCUCGCUCCGUUCACGUCAUUAGUUGAACAACUUCCAUCAUCGUUCAACAAUGGCCAACCGAUCGAUCCAGGCCUUCUCUCAAUCCAAGCAAUCUGCCUUAUUCGUGAACGUAUCUAUUCUGAUAUUGAUGCCGAAAUGUUCUUUGGCCAUUCUUCCGUACGCGAACUGGCUCAGGCCAUCACAGUUGCAACACACGUGCAACAGUGA